AUAAUCUCUGAAGGGGGCUAAACUUGCCUCUGGAAGACUCUGGAAUAUGGAAAGGAUAAAAGUAGUUUAAAACUAGGGUCCUAUACCAUGUGGUACUUGUCCAGACCUGAGAACCAAGGCUGUAGUCCUUAAGUCAACCAGGGGCUAAGUCAAUGGGGUAUCCUGCUUAAAAACUGGUGACAUAAAAUAGCCCUGAGGAAAAGCUUAAUGUCAGCAACAUGGGACAUCAGGUGAUAAUAUUUGACAUUUCUGUCGUAAGAGGCUUCUGGGAAACUCAAGUCAAGAAGCAUAAAGAAGUUCGAAAGAAGGAGAAGGAAAGAUUAGCACAAAGCUCAUUAGAGAAGAUAAAGCAAGAAUGGGACUUUGUACUAGAGUGCAGAAAGAAAGGCAUUCCACAAUCUGCAUACCUAAAGAAUGGUUUCAUAGAUACCACUGUGAAGAUUUUGGAUAAAACUGAGAAGAAAACUCAGCUCUGUAAGAAGAGUACUUUGUCAGAUGAAACAGACAAAGAAAGAAGCAAGUUUAUUUUUCAACUUUCUGGAGAGCACUGGACGUUACAUACAUGGCCCUUAUUACCAUCCUAUCUGAGCACCUCACAGUCUUUAUCUUCACAACACCCUAGUGAGGAAUUGCCAGAUUCAUUGAAAGAACAGACACAUCUGAAAGAAUGGCAUAUCUACAAAACACAGAUAGAAACCAUUCCAGCCUACGUUGCCCUGUUUCAAGAGCUGAAAGUAUUGGAGUUAUCAAAUAACCAGAUCACACAUCUUCCAGUGGAAAUUGGUUGUUUAAAACAACUGAAAGAACUCAAUGUGAGUUUUAAUAAUUUGAAGAGCAUCCCUCCAGAAUUGGGAAACUGUGAGAAUCUGGAAAAACUGGAUUUGGCUGGAAAUAUAGAACUUACAGAGCUCCCGUUUGAACUAAGUAACUUGAAACAAGUCACGUUUGUGGAUGUGUCAGCAAACAAGUUCCCUACUAUUCCAAUUUGUAUACUCCGGAUGUCAAGUUUGCACUGGCUGGAUAUUAGCAACAACAAACUGAAAGAUCUCCCACAAGAUAUAGACAGGCUCAGUGAACUGCAGACAUUUCUCCUGCAGAAAAACAAGUUGACUUAUCUUCCACGAGCUUUGCUCAAUAUGCCAAAGCUCAGCUUGCUGGUGGUUAGUGGUGAUGAUCUGGUCGAGAUACCCACCGACGUUUGUGACUCACACACAGGUUUAAAAUUUAUAAGCCUUAAGGAUAAUCCUCUUGAAACAUUCUUGUAUCACGAUACUGAAGACAACGUAGAAAGUGAACGUGAUCGAGAGCAAUUUGAGAAAGAAUUUAUGAAAGCCUACCUUGCAGACAUAAGAGAAAGAGAAUCUAUGCCUUGCUAUACUACAAAGGUAUCAUUUACUAUCCAGCUCUGAAGAUCAGAAAUCUCUAAGACACUGUGGGAUACCAGAAAAACUCUAUUUUUGUCUAUGUGAAUGGAAAACAUUAAUAUCAUGGAGAGUCAUAAGCAGCUCUUAAAUAAUGAUCACAGAAUUUCUUAUUUGUUACCAUACUUGCUUUCAAUAACUACAGACAAAAUUGCAAGGACUAAAUAGUUUUCAUCAGAUGAAAUUUCACUUUUUAAAUUAACACAUUUAUUUUCAAGUCAACAGCAACAAGCACUAAAUUAUACACGGCUAAGGCCCAAUCUUGCAAACACUUAUACAUGUGCUGUACUUCAUGACUGUGAAUAGUACUAUUGCAAUCAAUGGGGUUACAGUAAUAAA